AUGGCGCCGCGCUGCUCAUCGCCCGAUGGGCUGGAAGCGAACGUUUCCUCCCCUCACUCUGAGCUGCUUCUGCUUCCGUCUUCCCCUGCUUCAUCCCUCCCACCAACAACCCCUACUGCUGCCGCUCAUCAUCCCCCUAACACCUGGGUGGCAGGAUCCGAUAGUGGAGAGGAAUACACAGCAUCAGCCACCACCUCCUGCACUGCACCCCGCCUGCACUCCCGCUCCUCCGCUACCCUCCAAACUAGCCCUUCAGCACGCCAUGGCUCUCUGGUGCGUCUCACCAUCACUCUUCCCCAAGUUUCGGAUGGGGAGAGGUGUGGGGAGAAAUGUGUGUGGGUAGGGCAGGGGGUGGCGGAGGGACGCGAGGUGGUGGUGGCGUGGCUUGGGGUUUCAGCAAGCGAGGCGGGGAGCUAUGCACCCAGCCACCCCUUCCUUUCAUCUUUACCUCCCCUUUCCCUCCCUUCCCCUCUUCUUCCCCUCUCCUUCUUCACCCCUUUGCAACUCAGACGUGGCCAACAUCGACAGCCAGCCCCUGCUGCUGGAGGGCGUUCCCUUCUGCCUUGCCACGAGCGUCAAGGAGGCCACGGCUCUGCUCCUCGUUGCUGGAGCAGAGAGGGCCCACAGCUCGACAACUGCAUCAACUUCCACAUGCCAAUUCAGAGCAUGAGAGCAUGGGAGCAAGGGAUGUUUCUCUCAGUGCAAGGCCGACUGAACCCCCUUCUUACGGGCUGCAGCCUGCAUCAACGCACUGAGAGUGUGGCUUAUAAUUCUGGCCAACGCGAUUGGAGCAUAUUCCUCUCGAGCUCAAAGGGAUACAGAUGGGUGCCACACAGCGGCAGAAACCGUGUCAUAAAUAACCAGCCACGCAGGGCUGCAGGAGUGGGUGGAGCGUGGGGCUGCAGUGAGGAGGUGCAGUUGUGGCAGCUUCUUGUCUGUUGCAAUUGA